AACCGGGAAAAGAAGAAGGAGGAGGAGUCACGUGACUGGCUGGCUUGUUUGUGGUCGCGCUUUCUGUCUCAGUUGGCGGUUUUCUGUCGCUACCGUCAACAUUCACGGAUUUAGGUGAGCCAACAGAGUCGCGUUUGGUUCAUUUACCCCUAAAAGAUGUCUCACAAGAACAAGAUGAAGCGGAGCGAAGCUCGUGUGGGAGAAGAGGAGUGCAGGAGCAGCGGCCCAUCCCGGUGGUCCCACAGUAGGAAAAGAGGAGUUGAUGGAAGUUUGCGGAAUAACAGUGAUGAAGAUGGUGAUGACUGGUGCAGACAUGCCAGUUUCACCACCCCAGAGAGCUCUGGACCAGUGUCGAGAUGUAGUCGGCCGACUGACUGGGGCAGCCAGGUGGAGGAUGAGGAGAUGAGGAGAGACAUGCACAAAGACAUGCAGCGUUACAGGAGGAGGAUACUGGGUCCAGAGGUCACUCAGAGGGAGAGGAGAGCCUCGUCUGGCUCCUCUGGGAGCUGUGACUCCAGAGAGGGUGAGAACAUGGAGACUGAUGAAUCCGUUCUGCUGCGACGACAGAAACAGAUCAGCUACGGCAAGAACACGCUGGCCUACGACAGAUACAUCAAGGAGGUCCCAAAGCACCUGCGGCAGCCAGGCAUCCACCCGAAAACCCCCAAUAAGUUCCGGAAGUACAGCCGGCGCUCCUGGGACCAGCAGGUCAAGCUUUGGAAGGUCAAACUGCAUGCCUGGGAUCCUCCGUCAUUGAGCUCCCAGAAGACAACUCCUAACAGCAACAGCAGUCAGGAGCUGGACCCCUGUGAGGAGCUGGAUUUUGGUGACGUCAUGGAUAUCGAGUUGGACUUCCCUACCCUGUCGCACUCUGAGCACCCCCCCACCGCCCACUGGGUGCACGCCUCCUCUGUAACGGAUCAAGACUACCUGGGGACCCCAGUUAAAGUCCAGAGGACAGAGAGCCCAGGGGGGCCUGACAUGGUGUAGCUCAUGGUUGGGGUUCCUGCUGAACUCCACCUGCAUCUGGGAAGUGUGUUCUGGAGUCGUUUGGGUUCAAAUAUUUGUUUUUAGUCCGUAAAAAGGACACUUUUAACUUGGACAUCUGCUCAGGGAGAUCACUCCACCACCAGGUUUAUAAUUCCAGCUUUGACCCGUCAGGAGACUGUUGUCCUUGUCUGUUUGUGUCCCGGUGGGGAGACGUCGCAUCGACCUGAGUCCAGGAGUUAUUUAAGGAGGAGCGACGGCUUGUAGAAUAUUUUGUAGAGCUCUGAUUUGACUGUUGAGCCAGACAGUUUUACGUUUGCUGUUAUGAACUACGUGUAAUUUUAAUAUGUCCUUAUUACAACUGUUUGUUUGUUUGCUUUUGAUGAAGACAUGAAAAUAAAAAGAACAACCUCGUUA